AUGUGGGCUGAUUCAUGGAUCGAGGGGGUGAGGUCUGGCCGCCAGUCGAUCGAACUAGAGGGCGGCGCUGGGGUGGCGGCAGUCGAGGAGUUGAGGGUUGACGAGGGUAUCGGCCGGGUUGUGAUUGCACGGGAUGAGGAUGGUACCGUCACGUUCCUGAUGGUACUACGUUCUAUCGGCCCUUAG